UUUUCUCGCUCAAUUUUUCUAUUUUCUCGUUUUUGUCAGAUAGCUAGCUUGCUUGCUAGCGCACCAGGGUCCCUGCUUGAAAUGUUGAAGUGACCAUGGCAGCGCAAGUGGCAUCUGCUCCCGCGACUUCUAAUAAUAAAAAACCUAAUUUGCCUCGUAGUUUGAGUCAAGAAUUAAACUCUGUGAAGUCAGGAGGAGGGGCGGCACAGGGAUCUGAAAUGAUGCUAGGAGCUGGAGAUGGGACUAGCACUAUGAAUAAUGUAGAUCACCAACGCCAUAAUGAGAUGAACAUGGCCAAUACAACGCGUGCUUCUUCAGCUUGUAUUAAUUCUGAUCCACGGGAAAAUGACGGUGGAAAUAACUCCUCAUCCGUGACCUCGUCGAAUUUGUCCGCUGCCUCUAGCAUGGAGACGGGAAUGAUAGCGAAUCACAAACUGAAAAAUAUUAGUGGCGAUUCUCCUCCUCUUCGCCAGAACACAGUGCCACAGCAACAAUUUCAUCAAUUUCAGCAGCACCAUCAACGGCAAAUUCAAAACAACAUCAACAACAGCCAAACGCCGGUUCAAGGGGAGGCGGAGAACCAGACACAUGGGUUCAAAGAGAAUAUUUUGGAAAACCAGGUUGAGCCGCAGCAAAUGCUGAGAAAAAGUGAAGAGACUCUUCCUUCCAAAUCGGCGGACCAGGUGGGUGGCAGGUACGAGCACGCCAGCAUGGGACCAACGAACAACAGCGGCAGCAUCAAUAACCAGCCGCAAAGUGUGGGGGGCAACAGCAUUGUCUCUGAGUUUAAUAAUUAUUAUGGCAAUGUUAGAGGAGGGCCCUGCUUUGAUCAACAUGGCGGACAACAAAGCCCAGUGAUGAGUAUAAUGCAUUCUUCUGUUCCAAACAGCAUGGACCCAACGCAAAACUCUCAAGAAGGGUACCACAACAGUCAGUACAACCACUAUCCGAACUACCGCGCGAGCUAUGGCGGCGCGGGCUACGGCGUAAUGAGCUCCUCCAGACAGGGGAGUAACAUGUUGAUCGGCCCGGGUAGCGGCUCUGCACCGACCCAGGGAAAAGUGGCUAUGGCUGCUGCCUCCGCUUCUGGUAGCGGUGUUGGUGGUUUUCAGAGAUUUCCAGGACAAAAUCAUCACCCCUCCGGAGCCACCCCGACCCUGAACCAGCUGUUGACCUCUCCCAGUCCGAUGAUGCGAGGUUAUGGCAGUGGCUACGAUUUUAAUAGUGCCACAGCCCAGCAACAACAGCAAGCAGGCAUGGGGUUGGGCAAAGACUUAAGUUCUCAGUAUGUGUCUGCAGCCCACGGCUGGGGUGGACAGCAAAGGAAUCACCCUGCAAUGAGUCCUGGGAACAAUGGACAAGGUAUCAACAGACCCCAGGUGGGGUCUAUGGAGUUCAUGGCUAUGAAGCGCUCCCAGCUCUACGGGAUGGGAAACAUGUCCUAUGCCCAGCAGCAGGGUGGGCCUUAUUCCAGUCAGCCAUACGGAUCACCAGCCCCUCAUCGCUAUCCAAUGGGCACGCAGGGGCGGGGCCAUAUGGGGAUGGGCGGAAUGCAGCAGCAGAUGCCCCCACAGUUUGGCCAGCAGGGCCAGCCUCCGUACUUCAGCCAGCCCCAGCAGCCUGCUGCCCCGACACAACCCCCCUACCUGCAGCCCCGCGCCCCCUCCCAACAGGAGAUUCAGCAGGAGAGCUAUGGGGCAAGGAGUCAGCCCCCCCUAACCCCUGCCAAGCAGAACCAGGAGGAACUGGGCCUGGUCCCACAAGAGAGACCCUCCAGCCUUCCUGACCUGUCGGGCUCCAUUGACGACCUGCCGACGGGGACGGAGGCGGGGCUCAGUUCAGCAGUCAGCGCCUCUGGCUCCAGCAGCAGCAGCAGCGGCAGCGGGGGGGAGCAGAGUAACCCUGCCCAGUCGCCCUUCUCUCCCCACGCCUCGCCGCAAGUGGUCGGCCUUCGCACCGGCCCCUCCCCCUCGCCUGUGGCUUCACCGGCCGGCUCCACCCAGUCCCGGUCCGGCCCCAUCUCGCCUGCCGGCAUCCCAGGGACCCCGAUGGCACCGCCAAACCAGGGCAACCCAGGGAACAUUACUGAUGUGGGACCGCACUGUGUCCUCAGCCAGUCCCCCAUGUCCCAGGAGAGAGGUUUUGUUCCCAACAUGCAGCGGAAUCCUCCCAUGGCCCAGUUUGGCCCCCAGCAGCCUGGACCCUCCAUGUCACCGCACCCCUCACCAGGGGGCCAAGUGCAGCAUGGGAUGGGGCCCUAUCAGCAGAGCGGCUCCGGUGGCACCUACGGACCCACAGGGGGGCAGUUUGGGCCCCAAGGUAACUUCCCACGACCGCCCAGCUAUGACGGAGCUCCAGGUUCCAGCUACAAUGGGCCAGGUCCUGGCGUGACCAACAACCUGGGCGGCCCCUUGCAGGGGCAGGGUUCUGCCAUGCCCCUUAACCACAGCCGGCCCUACUCCGGCACCAUAGCGCCCAGCUCUCCCAGCAUGCCCCAGUCUGCCAGCCCCAGCGGUGCCCCCUCCCUCGCCAACAUCAACCGCAAGGCCCAGGAAGCGGCCGUUGCUGUUAUGCAGGCAGCCGCAAACACCACCCAGGGAAGGCAGAACGUGUUUCCCUCCAUGAACCAGACGGGCAUCGGAGGCUCCGGAGCCCCAAGCAGCCAGCCACCUGGAAGCACCCAAGGGAUGAUGACAUCGCAAGGGCCCAUGAGGUUACCUGGAGAUGGGGCAGUUGCAAGUCCCCCAAAGCUCAAAGAUAGCAAAGAGGAGAGUGGACCAAGCACAGAGCCCCCCAAAACUAAGGACAGCUGUGGUUCUCAGUGCACUUCUCAACCCUCCACCCCCGUCCCUGCUCCCUCCCCCCUCUCUCCCGCUCCCACCCCCACCCCUACCCCCCUUUCCCCCACCCCCACCGCCGCCCCUGUCCCCUCCCCCCUCUGCCCAAGUCCUGCCAGCUUGUCCUCUUACCACGGCGACGACAGCGACAGCAUCAGCAGCCCCACCUGGCCCAAAACACCUUCCAGCCCUAAGUCCUACUCCUCCACCUUGAGCAGUGAGAAGGUGGCCCGGCUGUAUGAGAUGGGGGUGGAGGCUGAGAGGAAAGCGUGGGUGGAGCAUUAUCUGUCCUUCAUGGAGGAGCGGGGCACGCCCGUGUCCAGCCUGCCGGUGGUGGGGAAGAAGCCGCUGGAUCUGUUUCAGCUCUACAUGGCAGUGAGGGAGCUUGGUGGCCUGGCCAUGACCAAUAAGAAUAAGAAGUGGCGCGAGUUGUCGAGCGGGCUGAGCGUGGGAACGUCCAGCGGAGCCGCCAGCUCGCUGAAGAAGCAGUACAUCCAGUACCUGUUCGCCUUCGAGUGCCAGGUGGAGCGCGGCGAGGAGCCCCCGCCCGACGCCUUCCCUGCCACAGAGGCCAAGAAGCAGCCCAAGAUACAGCCGCCAUCUCCCGUAAACCCGGGGUCCCUCCAGGGCCCCCACUUGCCCCAGUCCACGGUCAGCGGCUCCAUGGCCGAGUUCCCCGGGGACCCGAAGCCCCCCACGCCUGCUUCCACGCCCCAUGGCCAGAUGACCCCCAUGCAAGGUGGCAGGAGCAGCUCGGUCAGUGUGCAGGACCCGUUCUCAGAGGUGAAUGACCCUGCCUUCCAGAAGCGUGGUUCCCUGCCCCCUGGCGCCCCCUACCAGCCACCUGCCAACAUACGGCUGCAAGACCCCUUUGCUGGCAUGAGGAAAGUGGUGAGUGGAGCAGAGCCCUUCAUGCCUGGCUCGAUGCCCAACAGUGGAGUGCAGGACAUGUAUGGCCGUCCCCCCUCAGCCACCAUGGGGCUGAGUCAGCGCGUCCAGUACCCUUACGGGCCCGGGUACGACAGGAGGCCUGACCAUGUGAUGGGGAUGGAGGGUAGCAUGGUCCCCCCUGGGGCUCAGAGCGACAUGGUACCUUCCAACAGUGACCCUGGCAUGUACGCACCCAACAGAUACCCCUCUCAGCAGAGACAUGAGGGAUACAGUCAGCAGUAUCCCAGCAUUGCCUAUGGAGCACACCCACCCGGAAUGUUUCCCCAGCAGCAGGGCUAUAAGAGGCCGAUGGAAGGGAUGUAUGGCCCCCCACCAAAGAGGCAGGAUGGGGUGGAGGGGUUUGGCUUGCAGUAUGGAAGCCAGCAGGCGGAGGUGUAUAACCACUAUGGCGGGGGGUACCCAGGGCCUGAACGUCGCCCCCUGCAGGGCCCCUACCCCUACCCGUAUGGCCGAGAACGCAUGCAGGCCUCUGGCCCAUCCUCCCAGCAGCCACCCCCUCAGCUCGCCAUGUCCCCCCAGGUGAUGAGUGGGCCCCCCGUCUCAGGGGAGGGGUCCCAGCCGGGUGCCUGGCCACCCCGCACAGACAUGCCCUACCCCUACCCAAGCCGACAGGGGGCGUCAGGCCAGGUGCCCCCGUACCCUGCCAUGGGGCGAGGGGACGACAUGGACGCACGGAACAAUCACGAUGGGCCGUGGUCCCAGCGCCAAGCCGCCUUCCUCUCACCCUCCACCGGCUCCAUGACCGCCCGGCCGCCCCCCUCGUCCUAUCAGACGGCCCCUGCCAUGCCAAACCACAUGCCCUGUACCCCGAGCCCCGCCUCUUUCCAGAGAGCCAUGGAGUCGCGUGUGUCACCCAGCAAAGCACCAUUUAUGUCCUCCAUGAAGACGCCCAAAGUGGGUGUGCUGGGGGCACAGGGUAGUGGCCCUGCUGGUCACGGCCCACCUACCGCCAGCCAGGGCCUGGCCUCAGCCCAAGAGCUCAACUUCCCGCUGGGGUCAGUAGAGUGCACCACGCCCGUCCUCAAACUGCGCCGCAAGAUUACCUCAAAGGACACUGGAACGCCAGAGGCUUGGCGGGUGAUGAUGUCACUGAAGUCCGGCCUGCUAGCAGAGAGCACCUGGGCACUGGACACCAUUAGUGUCCUACUGUACGACAACAGCACUGUCUCCUCCUUCUGCCUGGCCCAGUUGCCUGGAUUCCUGGAACUCCUGGUGGAGUAUUACAGGAGGUGUGUGAUGGAGAUCUUUGGGAUCCUGGAGGAGUAUGAGGUGGGAACAGUCGGCCAGAAGACCAUCCUAAAUGGCCCCCUCCCCCAGCACAAGACAGGGGUGGAGCCAGAGUUUCCGUCCGUUGAAAGUGCCCGUGAGGUAGAGGUGGAGCCAACAGAGGAGCUUCUAGAAGCAGAGCCUGGAGAGACCGAGUCCAGCCUGGAGGCAGUGGUUCCAGAGGUGAAAAGAGAGGAGCCCCAAGAGAGUGCUCCAUCCUCUGUAGAGCCAGAGCCGACACUCAAACAGGCUAGCAAGUACGAUCGGCUGCCAUUGAAGGUGGAGCCUGCAGACAGUCUGUUUGUAGCAGAGCCGUGGGAGGAACCGGGGCAAGGGGAAGAGUUCAGCAGUGGUCUGCUCCACUGGCAGGCAGGGGGAGGAGACACCACUGCCCACAUCCAGACCCACUUUGAGAGCAGGAGCGAACUGUGUGAUAUAAGAGCAUCCCUCGAGAAGGAUGGGCAGAAUGAGCAAGGGACCACCGUGAAGGACGUGACACACACCGGUUCAGGCCUGCUUUUAGAUGGCAACCCCUUCCCUGUUCCUGCCGGUUCCUCCCCCAUCCCACUGCUGGAGGAGGAGCCCCGGACGUGGAAUGAGACCCCGCUGUCCACUGCAGCUCCCUGGCAGGACGCUCUGUCCCGUCGCUGCGUCUGCAUCGCCAACAUCCUGCGCGGCUUGUCCUUCGUCCCCGGAAACGACGUCCAGAUGUCCCAGCACGCCGGAUUAGUGCUGAUACUGGGGCGCCUCAUCCUGCUACACCACCAGCACCCCGAGAGAAGAAGAGCUCCCUAUUCUUACGGGAAGGACCACGGCCACACCCAGGACCACAAACACGAACAAGACCGAGACCGUGCCUGUGACAAUAGCUACGAACGCAUCCAUAAGCACGACUGGAACCACAAACAGGACCAUGAUCAGGAGCACGACUGCAAACACGACCAGGACCAAGAACACGCCCAAAAACACGAACACGACUGUGACCAUAACCGUAAACACGAUCACGUCCCUGAUCAUGACCAUGACCGUGAUCGCAGUCUGGCCUGCAGCAAGGACGAGUGGUGGUGGGACUGUCUGUCGAUGCUAAGGGAGAACACCAUGGUCACACUGGCCAACAUCUCGGGUCAGCUGGACCUUUCGCAGUACCCUGAGAGCAUCUGCCUGCCCCUGCUUGAUGGACUUCUGCACUGGAUGGUGUGCCCCUCAGCCCAGUCCCUGGACCCCUUUCCCGGGUCAGGGCCUCACUCUGCUCUCACCCCCAGGAGGCUGGUGCUAGAGUGCCUGUGCAAGCUUAGCGUGCAGGACGGCAACGUGGACCUCCUCCUGGCAACGCCCCCGCUCAACCGACAUGAGCGCCUCUACGGCGCGCUGCUGCGCUACGUAGCGGACCGCAGGAACCAGGUAUACCGGGAGAUGGGAGUGGCCGUGCUGUCCAACCUGGCGCAGGGAGACGCGCUAGCGGCGCGCGGCAUCGCCAUGCAGAAGGGCAGCGUGGGAACUCUGGUGAGCUUCCUGGAGGACAGCCUGGCCAUGGCGCAGAGCCAGCGCGGGCCAACGCCCUCUGAGCCGCCCAGCGUCAACAUGAUGUGCCGCGCAGCCAAAGCCCUGCUGGCCAUGGCCCGGCUGGAGGAGAACCGCUCCGAGUUCAUCCUGUUUGAGGGCCGGCUGCUGGACAUCUCCAUCUCCUCAGUGCUGAACUCUGGGGUGUUAGCCAUCUUGUGCGAGGUGCUCUUUCAAAUCAACCAUUCCUGACAGGACCGCACUCGGGGUGGGGCACAACAGAGGGUGGGCAAAGCCUGCGGCAUAAUCUGUGGUUUUUAUAUUUUUAUUUAAAAAAGAAAAUAGAAGUUUUUAUAUUCAAAUCUAAAUAUAUAAAUAUAUAUAUAUCUCCUCUGCCCCAUUAAUUUUAUUUUAAAAUAUUAUCAUUUGAAUACAGAUAUUUAAUACUUGCUGUUAUCAUGUGAUGAAAAAAACAAGUAUUUUCCUUUUUUCUAAUUUGAAUGUUUUGGACUUCGGAAAGGAGUCUGUCAUUUUUAACAUUUUGGAGUUUUGUAAAUGUUCAUACUUGUAUCUCUGUGUUUUUGUUUGGGGAAGCAGAUUUAUUUAAAUUGUGUGAAAUAUUGUGGAUGAAUCUUGCCUCAUCAAGAAAACAUAGUUUUAAUCAGACAAUAUAAAUGUGUCCAAGAUUCUGUGCAAUAGCAUUUAGUGCAAACGGCCUGUAGGGGGAGACUGUAAGCUUAAUUUGAUGAACUUGCAAUACAUGAAUUUGGCCCCAAGUGGGCAGUGUUGUAUCAGUCUCUUAGCAAAAUGAAAAAUCGAAACUUUUUUUAUUUAUUAUUAUUUUUUACAUUGACUUGCACCAUCACAAUUGCACCUUGAAACUUCCAGAAAAGAAGGAUUUCCCUCCUACUUUUGCAUUUGUAUUGCAUUUUAUUUCUUCAUAGGUAUGUAUAUAAAAGUUGUACAUUGGACAUGCCCCUAUUUUUCCUCUUUACUUUGAGUUAGUCUUUUUAUGAAAAAGAUUUAGUAAGUCGAAAAGUUAUGGCAGUUGUUUAUAAUAAUUAUUAUUAUUAUUGCUAAUAUUAUUAUAAAUAUAUUAAGUAUUUGGACCACCUGGAGCAUCAGGGGAGCUUAAUGCAAAGGUUCCUCUGCUCUCUGUUCUAUAGCAGAGAGCCUCUCACAACAUCCGCUUUGUGAGACAAGUGUGAAAGUUCAAGUGGUUUGUGGUUAUGUUCAAUAAAUACAAAUAAAUGAAGAACCAACCCAUUUUAUUUUUUUCAUCCAAUAUUGCAAAUGUGCAUAUUUGUUAUUGAAGGUAAUGUAAUUAAAAAGGACAGAGAGACGACAAAAUACAAAGACAAAAAGACAAUGUAAAUUGUGUCCAUUCCUCUGCCUCAAUGCAUAUCAUUUAUUCAGUAUAAAUCUUUAUACUCUAUGUUCCACAUGUGACGAAUAAAUGUACAUUAAAUCUUGUUAAACACUGUGA